AUGCUGGACUCCGACGGUUCUAAGAGGCCCUCUGAGACCCCGGACGCGGCUGAUUCGGACUCUAAGCGCCAGAGAGGAAGCUCAAAAUCGCCUGUGGACGUUGAUGAGGAACUUAAUGCUAUUUUGGGAGCCAACGGCAUAUCUGAAUUGGAAGCAGCUUCGGGUAAUGCUAACCAACAAGACAUUAUGGACAUCGAUUUCGAUAAUCUCCCUGCUGAAUUGUUGCAGAAGGACGAUAUACAAGCGGAUAGAAAUCUGGUAGGACGUUCAACUUCGGGCUCACAAACUCCGCAACCCAUCAAAUCUGAAAGCAUGAUAAAUGUACCUCAAUCGCUGCAAAUUUCUCGCCCUAUAAUACGUCCCGCCAUGCCCUCGGCACCUGUGGUUCCAUCAUCAUCGGCUCCGGUAAACAGAAUGAAUCCGUUAGUUCAGCAGGCCAACAGUAUUCACGGACUCAACACCUCAAGCAUUGACAACAGAACAGCGCCCAACUUUUCCACGGGCCAUUCUACGGGCCAAGCUGGCGGAAACAACCAGGAUCGUUUCCAUACCAACGAUCCUUCAAAGUUGAACGAUGCUUUGGCUGCCGCUGGAGUGGAUAUUGGUAGGGAAGAAGAAUUGCUUCAACAGCAGCAAUACAACCGGGCUCCAAGAAUAAACGUCCAACAACCAUCUUACCUCCAGCUGCGUCCAGCACGGCAGAUUCAGCGAACGCCGUUUCUCAACUCGUAUCAUUUGGGCACUUUUAUGCAAAGGGUAGCCCGUGAAAAUGGAGUCUUGCAAAGUUUCAUGAGUGAUAACGAACUUCUCGAACUAAUGUCGGCGUCGUGCGAGCAGUGGAUUAGUCAUAUAGCCACCAAGACCGUGUUAUUAUCACGCCAUCGUCGUCGAGGAAUCCCAGCUCUCAAAAACAAGAAGCUUGCUGCAAAUCAAAUUCCUCGAUCUGAAGUAUCUAAGGAACUACGCAAUUUGGCUCUCAAGCAAAAGGAGCUUGAGGAACAGAGAGUCAGCAGGCGUAUUCUACUUGGACUUGAAAACAAGGACGCCAAUCUGGAGAGUAAUAAAGUGGGCGCAGAGGAAACCUUACAUAGAGCCGCUAAUGAAACUGCGGCAAUGAUGACGUCAAACAAGAAAAAGUACCUGUGGAUGAGCUCAGGAGCAGGAAAUGGAGAUGACAGCAAAGCUAUGGAAAGAGAAAAAGAUAAGCAGAGUCACUUGUUGGCACUUCGUGGAGACAAUGGUCUUAGGUUCCGUGACAUUCGAACGGGAGAUUCAGUCACGAUGAAAGAUUUACUUGCUGCAUUAGAAGACGAGAGGAUGGGAGUCAACAAAGCCAUUAUGAAGGGCUAUGCUCGUCUUAAGGAUUAA